CACCCUUAUGACCAUUUAUUUUAAGACAAGUGUUUUUUUUCUGUCAAACACUGUCAAAUGUCAAAAAAACAAAUAUUAAUUAUUAGAACCAAUUAAAAUAAUUAAAUUACACAAAAAAAACUUAAAUAAAACAAUUUUAUUAUUUAUUUUUUUAAUGCUGUCACUUUUGGAGUAAAAUACAAAUCUAAUCAGUGAUUAUGCAGUAGUGAAAAAAAAAACAAAGCUGCUCCUAAAACAGCUGAUAACAAUUAACAAUGUUUUAAUGAAUAAUAUUUCAAGAAUUAUACUAUUACUAACAUAAAAAAAUAAAAUGUUUAAAUAAUUAAUUAAGUCAUUUAAAUAUUAUUGCAUAUAAAAAGAGUAAUUUUUUCACCAAAAACAAAAUGAAAGUAAAUCAUGAAAAUAAUGUUAAUAACAAUGACAACAAUAAAUUUAAAAAUAAAGUUAAUAACAAUAGCAAGUACAAAAAUUUACCUUACUGGAUACUUGCUAGUUUAAGAGUGUUUUUAACAUUGUUACCACAAACUGGAUACAUUCAUCCUGAUGAAUAUUUUCAAUCAAUUGAAGUCAUUGCAGGUGAUCGUUUUGAUAUUGAUGUUUAUAAACCAUGGGAAUAUAACACAACAUUUCCCAUAAGAUCAACAUUAAUUUCUCAAAUAAUUGUUGGUGUACCAUAUUCAUUAAUGAACAUUAUAACACCAUAUUUAAAUAAUUAUUUUCAGUAUUCAAUUAAAACACCAUAUUUUUUAAUUGUAUUACCAAGAUUAUUAAUAUGUUUAUUAUCAUUCAUAUCAGACUAUUGUCUUUAUAAAAUAUGCAAUAUUUAUCAUCAAAAUUAUCAUGUUAUAUUAUCAACAUUUGCAAGUUCUUAUGUUAUGAUUAUUUAUGCAACUCAUACAUUUUCAAAUUCAAUUGAGCUUAUAUUAAAUUCAAUAUUAAUUUAUUAUGUAUCAAAAUGUAUGGCAUAUUCAGAAAAAAUAAUUUUACAAAGUGAUAUUAUUGCUGAGUGUUAUGAUAAAGCACCAACCAUUGUUGAACGUGUUAAAUAUUAUAAAUUACGUUCAUCAUUACCAUCACAUUCACUUAAACAUUGUUUAAUAUUAUCAACAAUAACAAUUAUUGGUAUAUUUAAUCGUCCAACAUUUGUUGCAUUUGCAUUACCAUCAAUUUUUUUUUGGCUACAAAGAGGUCUUGGAUCAAAAACAAUUGGUUUUUUAGAUUUUCAUAUUAGAAUAAUUAUUUUUGUUUUAUCUAGUAUACCAAUAAUUAUAUUAAUAAUAAUAUAUGAUAGUUUUUAUUUUGGUUAUUUAACACUUGAUGAAAUUAUUAAAUUUGAUAUUGGAAUGAAAAAUUUUGUUGUUACACCAGUUAAUUUUUUAAGAUAUAAUUCAGCAUCAAGUAAUUUAGCUAAGCAUGGAUUACACUCAAGAUGGCUUCAUUUUGCUAUUAAUGUACCACUUUUAUACAAUGUAUUGGGAAUUGUUGGAUUUAUAAUAAUUAUAAGAAUGAUAUACAGUAUAUCAAGAAAACGUUGGCUAGAAUUACCAAGAGUUCAAAGUAUUGAAAGUUUAAUGAUUGCUUGUUUUAUAAUACCAAUUGGUAUACUAUCAUUAUUUCCACAUCAAGAACCAAGAUUUAUCAUUCCAACAAUUCUUCCAUUGGUAUUUCUUUUUGCUCCAAUAAUUACUAACAAUAUUAAAGUAACAACUAUUGAAUACAACAAUAAUAAUAAUACAACAACAUACGUAUGUCAAAAAGAAAAGAAAAAAAUUAAUAAAUUACAAUGUAUAUGGUGGUUUAUUAAUUUUAUUAUGAUAAUUUUUUAUGGCUUUAUUCAUCAGGGUGGUGUUUAUCCACUUACAAAUUAUCUAGUCAAAGAAUUAAGAAGUAAACCAGAUAUAACACAUGUACAUUUGUUUACUUCUUAUACUUAUUCAAUUCCAACUGGUUUAAUACAAUUAAGAAAUACCAAAAAAACUUAUUACAGUAGUGAUAAACAUAGAUAUAAAUUAACACAAGAUUUUUAUUUAUAUGAAAAAGGAAAUGAGGAUACUUCAAUGGUAUUUAAAAGUAUAUUUAAUAAAUUAAAUGAAUGUGAAAUUAAAUAUCAAAAAAAAAAAAUACCAUAUAGACUUUAUUAUGCAUUGCCUGUUAAUUAUUUUCGUGAAUUUAUUGAGUAUGCAUUUUUAAAUGGCACUAAAAAUUUAAAUUAUCAAACAGUCAAUAUAUUUUAUCCUCAUUUAACUAUUGAAAAAUUACCAAAUAUAAAUUUUCAUCUUGAUUGUUUUAUUAUUGAACGACCAGAUAUAUGUAUUGAAAAAUUAACUUAUAAUUUAUCAAAUUUUUUAACACAAUUUAUUGAAAGUUUUGGAUUAUUAUUGCUUCGUAUUGAGUUACCUCAUAGUUCAAUUGAAAUAGCAUAAAUAAUUAAUUAAUUAUUAAAUUUAAUAAUCACGAAAUAAUAGUUUUCAUAAAUUAAUAUUUAAUUACACACACACACACACACACACUUUGUACUGAUUUAAUUGUAAGAAGAUGAAUUGUGAUUUAUUUGUUUUUUUAAUUAUUUCAAUAAAAUUUUCAAUAGUUAUACAAUGUUAUAAUAUAUAUAUAUAUAUUUUUUUUUUCUAUAAAAAUACAUUAUAGGAUUAUUUGUUUAUACAUUAAUUAUUAAUUAUUCAAGAAUAUUAUUUAACAUUAAUAAACUAUUGUAUUUUAUAUUUAUUUAAAAAUGCAAG